AUGGGCGAACUGCACCUAUUCUCCGACGCGUCUGAAACGGGAUACGGAGCAGUAGCCAACGUAUGUUGGCAACAUGUGAACGGUGAGCCCAAGACAGAAUUACUUUUUGCCGAAGCCCGGGUCGCUCCAUUAAAAUGCGUUUCGAUAACCCGCCUCGAACUGACCGCAGCCGUGCCAGUGGUGCGUAUAGCCAAGCAGUUGCCACAGUGCUUUCGUAUAUUCGAAGAUCGCGUCACUUUCUGGACCGACUCCGCCAUUAUAAUACGCUAUGUGAACCACGUCAGCACUAGGUUCGGCACCUCUGUUUCCAACCGACUGACGGUGGUGCACGAAGAGACCAAGGUGCACCGAUGUCGGUACGUGAAAUCUGCGGAUAACCCAGCAGACCACCGCUCCCGAGGUUUGAAAUCAUUGGAAAAGCUAUGCGAUUGGCUUGGAGGCCCGACCUUCCUGACCGCUUCGUCAAAGGACGAGAGUACAGUGCUUGCAUUCCCCGCGCCCGUUGAGUUGAUGAAAUCAAAACGGGUAAUCAUGACGGUGGAACGCGACGUCACCUCCCCCUGA